UGCCCAGUAACAGGAUUGAACUGUUGACCUUCGCAUACCCAGAUACUGCCUUUCGACGGUAUUAGUACGACGCUGCUAACCAAACUGAGCUAACCGGGCUGGAUGCUAUUGAAGAACGGGGCGUGGACAAAGCAUAUUGCUCCUAGGCGGCUGGAAGAAAGAAAAUUCUUCAGUGCCGUGGAUCUGGAUGGAGCCCAGCGGAGUGGGGACCGGAGUUGCGGAGUGACAGAACAUGUUUUACAGCGUGUCGGAACUCGGAACGGCUGCGCGACACCAGGCCAGCGGAGACGGGCUGACGGCAGUGGGCUAUCGGGCCGCGUUGCACUGGGUGAUUUGAGCUCCUUGAUUUUAUUCAUGCCUUUCGGACUCUUGGUGGCCUGGUGCUCUCACGCGGCGCGUCUCGACCCGGGCUUGGGCAUUCUGUAUUUCAUCCCUGCUGCUAUCGUGUGCAGCCAAUGGAGCGCGCGACAAGUCCGUCCGAGGCGCUAUGGACAAUCACAAGUGGGGCUCAUGUAGGUGCCGCAGCGUCAGCACUGGCCAUCCGCA